AUGUUCAUUCUUUCAAAGAUCUCGGAUUUGGUACGAAUUCCGCCAGAUCAAUUUCAUCGCGAUACAAUAUCGGCAAUCACUCACCAGCUAAACAAUAAGUUCGCAAACAAAAUUAUUCCCAAUAUCGGUCUUUGCAUUACAAUUUAUGACUUGUUAACUGUCGAAGAAGGCCAAUUGAAGCCAGGCGAUGGCUCUUCCUAUAUCAGUGUCACAUUUCGAGCCAUUGUGUUUAAGCCAUUUUUAGGUGAAAUAAUAACUGGAUGGAUUUCCAAGUGUACAGCUGAAGGUAUAAAGGUUUCGUUGCUGGGUAUAUUUGAUGAUAUAUUCAUUCCGCAAAAUAUGUUAUUUGAAGGGUGUUAUUAUACGCCCGAAGAGAGCGCAUGGAUUUGGCCCAUGGAUGAAGAAACGAAACUAUAUUUCGAUGUGAAUGAAAAAAUCAGGUUUAGAAUCGAAAGAGAAGUAUUUGUUGACGUGAAACCCAAAUCCCCCAAGGAACGAGAAUUGGAGGAAAGAGCCCAAUUAGAGAAAGAAAUCGAUGGCAAGGGCGAAGAAACUCCACAAACUGAAAAACCUCCAGCAUAUGCCCUACUAGGUAGUUGCCAAACAGAUGGCAUGGGGCUCGUUAGCUGGUGGGAAUGA